AUGGGUGACGUAGCGGUGGACUCGGCCUCGAACAGCGUGCUCCCGCACAAGAAGGCUGCUCCCUCGACCAUACCCACCAUCGACAGCUUUGAGGGCCUACCGGUCGAGGGCGGCGACGAUUACGCUUCACUCAAGAAGCUCCAGAGGCAAUUGGAGUACAUCCACCUGCAAGAGGAAUACAUCAAGGAUGAGCAACGGAGUCUGAAGCGCGAGCUCGUGCGCGCGCAGGAGGAGAUCAAGCGGAUCCAGAGUGUGCCGCUGGUGAUCGGCCAGUUCAUGGAGGCUAUUGACCAGAACACCGGUAUCGUCCAGUCCAGCACAGGGUCCAACUACGUCGUCCGCGUCCUGUCCACACUCGACCGCGAGAAGCUCAAGCCGUCUUCCUCGGUCGCGCUGCACCGCCACUCCAACGCUCUCGUCGAUAUCCUCCCGCCAGAGGCGGACUCCUCCAUCGCCAUGCUCGGCGCCGACGAGAAGCCCGACGUGACGUACGCCGACGUCGGUGGGCUGGACAUGCAGAAGCAGGAGAUUCGCGAGGCCGUCGAGCUACCGCUGACACACUUUGACCUCUACCGGCAGAUUGGCAUCGACCCGCCCCGCGGUGUGCUGCUCUACGGGCCCCCCGGCACGGGCAAGACCAUGUUGGUCAAGGCUGUCGCCAAUUCGACAACGGCCAGCUUCAUCCGCGUCGUCGGCUCCGAGUUUGUUCAAAAGUACCUCGGCGAGGGCCCUCGCAUGGUGCGCGACGUCUUCCGCAUGGCCAGAGAGAACUCGCCCUCCAUCAUCUUCAUUGACGAGAUUGACGCCAUUGCCACCAAGCGCUUCGACGCCCAGACCGGCGCCGAUCGCGAGGUCCAGCGUAUCCUGCUCGAGCUCCUCAACCAGAUGGACGGCUUCGACCAGACGUCCAACGUCAAGGUCAUCAUGGCCACCAACCGCGCCGACACUCUCGACCCGGCGCUGCUGCGUCCCGGUCGUCUGGACAGGAAGAUUGAGUUCCCGUCGCUGCGCGACCGUCGCGAGCGACGUCUCAUCUUCUCGACCAUUGCCGGCAAGAUGAGCCUGGCGCCCGAGGUCGACCUCGACAGCCUGAUUGUGCGCAACGACCCCUUGAGCGGUGCCAUCAUCGCGGCCAUCAUGCAGGAGGCUGGUCUGCGGGCCGUGCGCAAGAACAGGUACAACAUCAUCCAGAGUGAUUUGGAGGACGCGUACUCGAGCCAGGUGAAGGGGGCGCAGGAUGAUAACAAGUUUGAUUUCUACAAAUAG